CACACGUACCCACCAAUAUUGGUGCGGAGCUCCCUCACACCGCACGCACUGCCAGAACAAGCGGCGUGCAGCCAGCCGCAAUACGCACCGGUGCAGCAUAUGGGGUGGGGGCAACAGCACACAUCGCUCCCCCCCCCCCUGGUGGCAGGCAGGGCUGCACCCUCCCCCGGCCCAUUACCCGCAAUGGGCGAGCGGCUGGCCCACCAGCGCCCAAACCCCAUGGUACCCACCCCCGUCGCAGCCCGCAGCAGCAAGCCAUUACACACACCCGGGAGGAGCCCUCCACAGGGCAACCCCCCUCCAGUCAUGCGGGCUGCCCCUCACCUUAGACAGCGGCCCGCAACAGCAUCCGGGUCAGGCAAUGGGGACAGGGAGCAGCGGAAGGUUGGGGUCAGGAGACCGCGGACAGAGCAGUAGGGCGCAGGCCCUCCAGCCGCUAGAGGGGCAGCAGCGGCACCCAGUGGAGCAGCCUCGGCCGCAACCGGCAGAUACGUUACACAUAUCCUCUGUGAGGUUACAGGUUCCAGCCUCCAUAGAAGAUAGACAGCCGGCACCAGGGCCACCAUCAGAUCAAGUCCCGGCGGGCGCGCUGCGCGACGAGGGACAGAACGGAGCGGCAGAGAUGGUCAAUCGGACACCCGAGGCUUCAGGAACAGAUUAUCAAGCCGGGCUAGCAAGGCUAGCAAGAAAGGCAGUGGCACCGCGGACGCUGAGGACGUACGAGGCGGCUUUCAGCGAAUGGCAGGCGUUCAGGAUAGGAAAAGGAGAGGCGGGUAAGAACGCUCGCGAGGAACUGUUGGAGUACGUGUGGCAGGGGUAUAGCCAGGGGAGAUCUAAGGCAGCAAUGUCCGCAACACUCGCAGGGAUAGCGUACGUCGCAAAGCUUAGAGGGGAGGAGGACCCAACAAAGUCAUUUCUGUUAUCAAAAGCGCUAAAAGGGUGGGCAAGGGAGCAGGCGACGCCAGGCGACGCGCGCAGGCCCAUAGGGCGCCCCAUGCUUAAGAACUUAAUAGAAGUAGUGAGUCGCAUUGCAGCGGAUGAGUACGAAACAGGGCUUUUCCGCCUGGCUUUUUCCCUCGCAUUCUUAGGAGCUUUCAGGGUAGGGGAGCUGGUAGCGAGCUCCAAGAGCUCAAAAGAUUCGGGCCUAAUGGCAGGCAACGUAGCGGUGGAAAAAGAUAGGGUGCUCUGCAAAAUACACAAGUCAAAAACAGAUCAGUUAGGCCGGGGGCGCUGGGUAACGAUAGGAAGGCAGGAAGAGCAAAGCACAUGCGCGGUAACACUGGCAAGCGAUUUCGAGCGGAGACGCCCGCAAGGGCCCUGGCCGCAGUGGCUAGUGCACGAUAGCGGUUCACCCCUGACUAGAUUCCAGUUCCAAAGCGUAUUCAAGAAGGGCCUGAGGGCAUUGCAGCUGCCCGUGGGGCAAUACGGUACCCAUUCCUUUAGGAUAGGGGCGGCUACCUGCGCGGAGGCGGAGGGGUUGCCAGCAAGCGAGAUCAAAAAGCUAGGCAGGUGGAAGUCGGGAGCGUACAAGGUAUACUUACGCACGGAAAAGCACGACUAGAAAGCAGCGCGGCGUCUUUCGCGAAACCCAAGGCCUUAAGCUGCCCGCCAUUAAAAUGGGGGAUUGAAGGAAUUUUUCCAAUUUUGCCCUCAAACAAAAUGAGGUUUUGUGGUUUUCGCCUUCAUUUGGGUCGCGUGAAAGUUCGCAAGCAAAGGCCGCAUACAACAGGGGGUAACGUACAUGUGUAAUUCUGCUUUUCAGGAGGGAAAAAGAAGGACGGGAGAGUCUGGAUGGUCGGCCACUCGUAUAUUUACUGGGCCAGCAGACACAAAUCAGCCGGGGAUUUAGCACAAAAGUGGGGGGCAGAAGUGGAAUGGAUAGGCAUCAGGGGUUUGAGAUGGAAAGGGCUACGGGACACGUUGCUAAGGAAUGAGAGGGCACACGGGAUGCCAGGGAGGGUCGUAAUACACCUAGGGGGCAACGAUCUGGGAAAAAGCAAGGGGAGCGAGCUGAUUGCGGCAAUACAAGCUGACAUUCAAUGGCUGAAGGGAAGGUGGCCCAAUACAGGGAUCACUUGGUCCGAUAUAGUCCCAAGGGCGCAGGGGGGCCCGGGGUUAGAAAGGGUCAGAAGGAAGGUGAACAAAGCGGUAGCCCGCCUAUUAACGGAAGAAGGCGAUACAAUCGCCAGGCAUCCGUUGUUGAGGUUCGGAGAGGAGGGGCUGUUCAGGCAAGACGGAGUACACCUGACAGAGGAAGGUUUAGCUAUAUUCUUGGGCGACAUAGCAGAAAGCGUCAGUGGAAGGCAUGAGGUAGCAGGGGGUGGCGGGCCUGGGUUCUAGGAACCAGGCUAUGGCGGCAAGCAGUGCUCCUCGGCGGUCUGUAGUAGCGCAACGUCGGUUGGCCGGCACUUCCCCAGAUACUUGGCGAAUUUGUCGUGGCCUCAAGGGCCGACACGGUCGUCAUCUUAAGGGUGGACCGGUGCUAUGCCAAUGAGGGGAAGUGGUACCGCUCAGCUAACUUGCGCAAGGGCGGGACUUAGGUUCCGCCCCGUUGUUUAAUCUAGGAGAAAUUAAUAUGGAGGCUGUAGCCGGGGGUAUGCACUGCUUUCUCGCCACCCACUUAUAGAGUACCAAUUCUAAUCCAAUCAAUAAAUUUGGCUGUGACCUUUUAAAUCGCAA